GUAUAAAAUCCCCAACUCGCGUUCCACCUUGUCGCUUCUCUCACCGCCCGCCGCUGCCGCCGCUGCUUUCGAUCCUCCUCGGCCUGAAUUCCGGUGAUUGAGCAAAGGAUUUAAGGGUAUCGAAACAGUCAUUCAAGAUGCAGAACGAGGAGGGUCAAAAUAUGGAUCUUUACAUCCCCAGGAAGUGCUCUGCCACAAAUAGGCUCAUUACAUCUAAGGAUCAUGCCUCCGUGCAGAUCAACGUGGGGCACUUGGGCCCUGAUGGAGUCUACACCAACCAAUUCACCACAUUCGCCCUCUGCGGUUUCACCCGAGCACAGGGUGAUGCUGAUGGUGCCAUUGAUAGGCUCUGGCAAAAGAAGAGGGCUGAAAUUCGACAAUAAACCAUUAUGUAGUUGGUUGUUGAAUUGGCUGGCUCUUUUUGCCAUGAAAUAUUGCAGUUGAAAGUACAUUUGUUUUGUAGUGGCUUUAAUUUAGGUGAAUUUACAUUUGCUCUUAUUAAGCUGUUUUCUUUUGCGUAUUUACAGUUGGAUGAACUUCGUUAGUAGUUUUGUGGAAGUGUUUUGCAAUUUGGAUUGCUAAUGAUUUCUUUUAAGGAAGAACCAUGACUCGAGGUACUUGAACUCAAGUGUUUGGCCUUUUUGCAUCACGGUAACCUUCUUCCUUGCA